GCUAAUGAAGGUGUAGAGGAGGAAAACAUGAAUAACUCUGCACCCAUGAGUCCAGCACUUGAGAUUCGUGACAGGAUUGUCAAUGGCAGAAGCAAUAUCCAAGUAAGAGCCCAACCUACGGACGAAAAUAACUUCGAAAAUCUUCCACCUGAAGCUGCAGCUCCAGAUACAAAUCACCAGGUUGUUGACUCUCAUCAGGUUAUAGGGAAAAAACGGGGUGAGAAGAUCAGAGAUUAUCAGCUGAUAAUGGACAUAAUACCACAGAAAAUGAAAUUUUCGGAUGGGUUUUCACCAGAUGCUAUAAGACCAUCAGGGAUUAGUACGAGUGAUACACCUCCAUUUAGCAGCAGGAGAGGUCUCAGAGUGGGUAAUACCCCAACUACCACUAGGCUGAGGUAUGCGAAGUCUGUAAGGUCACCGUCAGACUCCCCCAAGAGCAAUGGGUUUGUCGGUGAUAAUCAGUCAACCGGAGAAGUCAAAACACUGGAGAUUCCAGAUAAAGCGCGUCAGGGUACCUUAAGCUUCACAAGGGAUGAAGGAAAAGACACUACUAUCGUGCCAAGAGAAGCAAGAACCAAUUCAUCUGAUUGCAUAAUUCAGCAACUCAAGCACAGAAUAAAGAAGCUCCAGGGGGAGCUGAGAGAAACUGCUGCAAUGGAGCUUUCCCUAUAUUCAGUUGUUGCUGAGCAUGGGAGUUCUGUAAACAAAGUCCACGCUCCUGCUAGGCGCCUAUCUAGGCUCUAUUUACAUGCUUCAAAAAAUCCAUCACAAGUAAGCAGAGCAAGUGUGGCUAAGAGUAUAAUUUCGGGAUUACUUUUGGUCGCAAAAGCUUGUGGGAAUAAUGUCCCAAGGUUAACUUUCUGGUUGUCAAAUUCAGUUGUUUUGAGAGGGAUUAUUAGCUUGACUCUUGAGGAUUUCCAGCUACCAGUUUCUGCAGGACCACAUGUUGAAACCAAUGACGUUGUGAAUGGAAACUCCAAUAGAUCCUCAUUGAAAUGGAAGAAACCUCCUUCUAUGAAGAAGGAAAAUAAUCUUGGUUCUUCUGAUGUCUGGGAGGACUCAUGCACGUUUACAACCGCAUUAGAAAAGAUCGAAACCUGGAUCUUUUCUCGGAUAGUGGAAUCUAUUUGGUGGCAGACAUUGACUCCAUAUAUGCAGCCUGCUCCUGGUAAGUCACGUGGAAGGAGACAAUCUAGUUUUUCCAUGCAAGAGCAGGUCAACUUUUCUUUAGAUCUCUGGAAGAAAGCCUUCAAAGACGCCCGUGAAAGGCUUUGUCCAGUUCGAGCUUCAGGGCAUGAGUGUGGUUGCUUACCUCUGCUGGCUAGAUUGGUAAUGGAGCAAUCUGUUGCCAGAUUAGACGUGGCUAUGUUUAAUGCAAUUCUUCGUGAAUCAGUUGACGAGGUUCCAAUGGAUCCUGUAUCUGACCCAAUAAGUGAUUUAGAUGUACUUCCUAUUCCAGCUGGAAAAUCAAGUUUUGGUGCUGGUGCUCAACUGAAAAAUGCUAUUGGGAACUGGUCCAGAUGGCUUUCUGAUCUAUUUGGGUUAGAUGAUGAUGAUCACCACCAUGAUGACGAUGAAAGUGACUUUGAUAUCAGAGAGGAAUCUGAGAAAUCUUUCCGUCUUCUGAAUGCAUUUAGCAAUCUGAUGAUGCACCCAAAGGAUAUGCUCAUGGAUAGGGUCAUCAGAAGAGAGGUAUGUUCAACAUUUGAUGCUCCAAUGAUCAGGAGGAUUCUUCAAAAUUUUGUUCCCGAUGAGUUUUGUCCUGAGCCAGUUCCAAAUGAUGUGUUUGACACACUAAAUGCUGAGUGUCAGGAGCUUAUUGAGUGCGAGGAUGAAUUCAUCGAGAACUUCCCCCUUAACGCCACUCCUAUAACAUAUCAGCCACCUUCAGCAGAUUCUCUUUUGGAUAUCAUUGGAGAAGUUGGAAAGGAAACCCAACUGAGAAGAAGUGGGUUGUCUGUAGUCCGAAAAGCUUACACAAGCGAUGAUGAGCUUGACGAACUUGAUUCGCCUCUAAACUCAAUUAUAUUUGAAAAUUCACAGUCAUCUUCCGCACAAAAGUGGAUGACUACGACAUAAUACGGGGUUCAGCAAGUCAGCAGGUAUCAACUCCUUCGUGAGGUUUGGAAAGAAGCAGAUUAAGUUGUAGUAUACAAUAUGUAUUAGCAUCUUCCUCGAGGUAUUGUGUGUACCUAUGUAUUUUAUGUUCAACUAGUAAAUACAAAAAUAAACAUGUAACUCACACUGUAUUUAUUUUGUGGGUCUUGUAAAUUUUGGUUCCUUCUUGAGUUGAGGAUGAGAUCAGUAGUAAUUGCGAACUCUUUUCCUCUUAUCAUA